UUCAUCAAACAAUUGAAUAAGGCCUUUUAAAAUUAAUAGAAGAAAAGUGAAAAUAUUAGAUAUAAAAGUUAGAUAAUAAUAAUAAAUUUUAACACUAAAGUUUCUAGUCAAACAGUUGUUUUGUUUAUAGGAAAAAAAAAUCUAGUUUUCUUUUUUGAAUAGGGCCUUUUAAAAUACAGGUUCUACUCUGCCUUAAAGUAUAAUUCUUUCUUUCUCCCAUACUUUUUUUCAUGCCGAUUUCGUUCUCUUUCACUUUUUGUUUCUAGAGAUGGGUUUGUCUGGUGUUGUCAGUUUCGCUCCCUGUUUCUUCUUAGAGAUCAGUCUGAGGUCUUGCUUCUUUAUAAGCGGUUCUUGAUCAUGUUUGCUGACUUCAUUGUUCUGGUUGAAUGUUUUACGAGCUUUUUGUGGCUUGUUCUAACCGGUUCUGGAGCAUAGGCUCUCUGUUUGGAUUUGUUAUGCUUAUUUAUUAUGAGAAGUCUUUGUUACCUAUAAAAAAAUUGGUGACCUUCUGUUUAAGGAUGUAAGGCCACCUCCAACACCAGUCUCUUAGUAAGUAUAUUAAGACUAAAAAAUAGAAAAUAUAUUGAAAAAGGUGAAAAAAAAAGAGAAGCAGUAUAUGUGCAGAAAUAUAUUUCUCUUCACAUUAGAACUUAUUUCCACUAUAUGUCUUUCUUUAUUGGUCAAAUUAUUUUUUAAUUAAAAUUAUUUAAUUUUUUUACUUUAGUAUACCCAAUACAGUUUCUAUGCGUUGUGGUUGCCCUGAAGAGUGCCAACUGCCAAGCUUUGUUUCUUGGUGUGAAUAUCAUAUUUCUUGUUGUUGCUCUUCUCUCCAUUUUGGUUUAGGUUCAUCCCCCCUAAUGUUGGGUAUUGGAGUUUCUUUUUUACUUACGUUAUUUCUUUUCUAUAUUAGGGAUUGGUCUCUAAGAGCAUCUUUGUCUUAGCACUCCAAAUGGAGUGCUUAUUUUUUUAUUUUUUUUCUUUUCUCUUAUUAAAAAAAUAAAUAAAAAAACUCACCAAUUGUGGGCUGCCACGUGUCAGUAGAACCCGCAAACAGUACAAACAACCCACAUAAUUCAACGCUUAUCUGGGAGCAUCAAGCAUCGGCUGUUACUUUUAGGGUGGGGCCCACCAACUAUUAAACUAAUUUUUUUCUAAGCACUCCCUUCUUAAAAUACCCCGUUAAAGAUGUUCUAAGAGCUUUUCCAACACUGAUACGAGAGAAAGUUUGUAAAAUUUAAAUAAUAAUAAAAGUUUAGAACAGUAACUGAAAAGACUAAGACCGAUUCUUUAUUCACAAACUUUCGGAAACUUACAAUAUACUCAAUGGAUCAUUUUGAGUGGUUUAUUUUAUAAUUUUCAUUUCAAACAAAAAAUCAUAAUUGAAACUGUAUUAAAAGCAUUAACAUUAAAUAAAAAAAUAAUGAAAACAAAGGAUCUACCGUUGAAGCUGCUCUAAGAGCACUUCCAACGGGGUUCUUCCCGUUGGAGUUUUUAAUAUAUUUGUUAUGUAUAAAUUAUAUAUGCAUAAGUAAUUUUGAAGUCCACAAUUUUUGUGGAAUUCAAUAGAUAAAGAUUCUUAAAAGAGGGUUUUAAAAUCUUUAAAAACUUUUAUUUAUGAGGUUUCACAAUAAUUAUAGACUCCACAAUUAUUUACACAUAUAUAGUAUAUACAUAUAUAUAUAUAUAUACAUAAUACAUAUAUUAAGAACCUCAAUGGAGAGAAUUCUCAUUCGAAAUGGUCUAAGGAAGCUUAUUUUUGCUGACUUAGUUUCCGAAAAUAUCCCAUAAAUCCUUCUGCUUUGUAUCUUUUGAAUGUUUCAAACAAAAUAUUCGGAAGUAGAAAAAAAAACUUGUACGUUAAAUCUUUAUCAAAUUCAACUAUAAGAAGAAUCAACACAUUGUACCGUUCGACCAAACAUUGAACAAACAUUUAAACAAUUUACUUCUUAUACAUUUUAUUUUCCCAUUUUUAUACUUAUAUUUAAUGAUACUGUUAUAAAUAAUGAAAUAGUAGAAUAAACUAUUUCAAAAUAUUCUAGUCUUCAGUUAAUUUACACAAAUAAAUCUAAUAAACUAUUAACAUAAAUUCACUUUCAGAUGAUUUUUUUACAAUGAUUAAUUAAUUUAAAAUAUUCAAAUUUAAACUAAUAUCCUUUGUUUAUUUUGCUAUUUUAUAUUUAAGAUUAAUAUUUUUAUGUAACAUAAAUAAUAUUUAUACAUUGUUUCAAUAUAGUAUUACAUUGCUAAUUAAAAAAUUAGUAGUUUAAUAUCUAAGACAUCAUUUUAAACAAUAAAUUCAUAUGUAAACUGAAAUUUCUAUGUAUUAAUUAAAAAAAAUAGUAUUACUAAACACAUUAAUAUUAUUGACAUAAACAUAUUAUUAAAACAACGUGGUAUUAAUGUAACAACUUGUAUUACCUAGAUAAAUUAGUACUACCUCUACUUCACAUUAUUUUGUGUUUAAAGUUUUUUCAAAAUUAUUGAAAAAUUGUUAACUUUUAUUCAUUUUGCAUUAACUAAACCUAAUCAAACCUAUUUUUUUUUAACGACUAUUCACUUUAUGACAACAUGGUUUAUUCAGUUUGGUCAUUGGUGGUUCUCCGGUGUCAUGGAAAACACAAAAACAUGUGUUCACGCUCCCCUGUAGAGGCUGAAUAUCGUUUGAUGCAGAUACUGUAAGUGAGAUUAUUUGGCUGUGUGGCCCUUUCGACACACUAGACGUGAACUGUUCUACUUUUGUUCCUCUUCAUUCCGAUAGUCUCUCGGCUAUUCAUCUUAGUAAUAACUCAAUGUUUCACGAGCAGAAAAACAUGUUGGCAAGGAAUGCCAUUUCAUAAGUGAUGAGAUCAUACGAGGUGUUAUUGCUCCUAAACAUGUUUCCACGACUCAAAUAGCAGAUGUUAUGUCUAAGACUCUUGGAUGCAAGGAGUUUAGAGCUUUUAUUUGUAAGUUGGAUGUUGUGAUUUACACACUCCAACUUUAGGAGAGAUAUUGAGAGUGUUAUGGACUGAUUUGUAUAUUGGUUAAUUACAUAAGUCUAGGCAAUUGCCAAAUUUUGUAUAGGGCCAAUGUGUGUAUAAAAAGCCUAUGUCUUCUUUGUGAAUGAAUUUAAAAAAAAAAACUCUUUACACCAAACUAGGGGUUUUGACAUAGUAAGGAAGAAAAUCACUUCUGACUUCACCAAACUUCUUCAACUAUAUAAAACAAGGAAGAAGAGCCUUAGAAGAAGUAAGUGGAUUCUUAAUCUAGAAUUACACAAAGGAAAACUAAGAACAGAGUUCUUACCCACCUUAUCUCGCUUACAUUACACUCAUAAACAUAUAGAUCUACAUACGAAACUACUCACUUGAAACAAAAAAAAUCAUCAUCCUCAAUCGAUGUCUAACUUCGGCAUCACAUAGAGAGAAAACUCCUUAAGGUCACUCUUUCAUGCAUGAUAGAUGCACACCCAGUGACCCAAAUAUAGUACGACAUCAUUCUUCAUCCCCCCAAAGAACAAAUUCUUAUCUUAUACAAUUCAAGUUAUUCCACCAGAACACACACUCCCAUUUGGCGAAACAACCCUACAACCAAAUAUUCCACACUAUUUUAAACAUCAUUCAUAUUUCUCACUCUUUUUUUUUUUUGUUCAACUCAUAUUUCUCACUCUAAAAAGCGCAUAGUGGGACGUAUAUAUUUGGCAAAAUUUCAAGAUGACAUUGUGGUCAUCCCCUAGAUGAUUUGGUUGUAUAUUAUUUCAGCAUGAAUAGCCCACUCCCAAAUUUUAAUGAUAGUUUGAAAUAUUCCCUUAUGUCUAGUCAUUUUCAAUCUUAAUGGUAUUUUGAAUUCAAACUAGGUUUAUUACAUCAAAACAAAGGUUAAGCUGUCAGAAAAUUGGUUUAUUCUUAUGGAUUCUACAUUUAUAUUGUUUGUCCCGUUGGCUUUAACAUGGUUAAAAUCAUAAAAAAUUAUCAUUUAUGAUUCAUGAAGGAAAGUGGUAUUAUCAGUCUCUUUAUUUAAAGAAAUGUAUCGUUGACUUCCCAUUUCUUCAGGUAAUAAAAUACUAAGAUCCAAAUCCCAUUAAUUUCUGAAAUUUUAAAAAAUGAUUUCAAAGACUAGACUCUUCUUGGGUGUAAAAAAAAUAUAAAAUGAAAAAUAAGAAAAAACCUCAUCUGUCACCAUCAAUGGUCCAACCUGUGAUUCUCAUAAUCACCACUGUCUUCAUUAAUUUCAAAACACUUUGAGCUGAGCUCAAACUCUUCUCUUCUCUUCUCUCAGUUUCAAGAAAACCAACAACAAAGCUAGACUCUUGGUAAGUUCUUCCAUAUCUCUCAUGACAUUUUCUCAGGAAAACAUGGACUUGAUAUCCCCUUCAUCAUCACCACAAGUUAUACCUCUCAAACCAAACACAAGCUUCGACUUAGCCAGCAAAGUCAGCCCCGACAUCCUCCUUAUAAUCAUAAUCCUCUCCAUCAUCUUCUUCAUCUCCGGUCUCAUCCACAUCCUCGUCAAGUUCCUCCUCAUGCCAUCAACCCAAAACAGAGAAGAUUACUUCGACAACAGCAGCGCCACAGCUCUUCAAGGCCAGCUCCACCAACUUUUCCACCUCCACGAUUACGGCGUUGACCAGUCCUUGAUCGACACGUUACCUGUUUUUCAUUACAAAUCCAUCACCGGUCUCAAGAUCUCACCUUUCGAUUGUCCCGUUUGUCUCUGCGAGUUCGAAGCAGAGGACAAACUCAGGCUCUUGCCUAAAUGCAGCCACGCCUUUCACGUUGACUGUAUCGACACGUGGCUUCUCUCUCACUCUACUUGUCCACUUUGCAGAUCCAAUCUCCUUCUCUCUGAUUUCUCACCUCGUCAUAGUCCAUAUCUCCUUGUUCUUGAGUCCGCGAGUGGUAGAGACAUGGUUCCUGUUCCUGAGGCUAAUGAUCUUGGGUCGACCCAUUUCGGGUCGGGUCGUACAUCAUGCGACCCUGAUGGUGUAGAUGGAAAUGUUGUUCCUUUAGAAGUUAAGCUAGGGAAGUUUAGGAACAUGGAUCAUGUUGGUGAAGGAAGUAACAAUAAGAAUAAUAUUAGUGGUAAUAGCAAUUUAGAUGUAAGGAGGUGUUUUUCAAUGGGAUCAUUUGAGUAUAUUAUGGACCAAGAAGCGAUACUUAAGGUCCACGUUACGACCAAGAAACAAUCCGACAAAGACAUUCGCUUGUCUGGCCGUAGGGCAGUUAUGUCGGAAUACGGUUUUGAUCCUAGGGCUAAGGGAGUUGGGAAGAGUGUUGUGGAAAGAGAGAGCUUUUCUUUGUCGAAAAUUUGGCUAAGGGGAAAAAAGGAGAAGCAAAAAGUUACUAGUGUUAGAGAUCAAGAAUGUUCUUCACUGUCUUCCUAUUCAAUCCAAUUUCCAAACCAAAGCAAUCCUCCAGAGAUGAAGAGUGGGAUCGAUGAAGAGAAUCAAAAGAGCGAAAAUUCGGAAUCUUUGGAGACGAGAACGCCAUCUUUUGCUAGGAGGACCAUGCUUUGGCUUGCAGGGAGACAAAACAAGGUUGUUCAUCCUUCAACAUCCCAUGUCUAGUUUUUGACUUUUUCUACAAUUGUUUGUGUUUCAUUAGAGAGAGAGUAGAUGAACAUUGGUAUUCAAACAAAAAAGAGAGUAGAUGAAUAGUGGGAGAUUAAUUAAUAUAUGUAGGGAUCUUACUUCUUAGACACAUUGAGAAUUUGGUGGGUCUGUAUUGCAGACAUUUCACUUAUUGUUCUAAUUCUUAUUAUUUGUUUCUAAUAACAUUGGAGACAAGAAUGUGAAAGAAGCUACUUUGAUGACUAAAGUAGAUUCAUUCUGUUAAUCAAUAGCUUACUAAAAUAUUUUUACCAAAUUCAAGAUUAAGAAGUGUUCCCCAUCUGCAUGAAUU